UCUCAGCAAACUUUCUCUUUCAUUUUCUCCCCCUCUCAAGGUACGAUGCCGCCCAAGGGUCCUGGCAGAAGCAAACUGCCAGUCCCUCUCCCUAAAGACAUGAUCCUGAAAGACACCGAAGGAAAAACCUGGAGGCUGGGCAGUCAAAUCGGCCAGGGAGGCUUUGGCUUGAUCUAUUUAGCAUCCCCUCAAACUCGUGUUCCUGUACAAGAUGAUGCAGUUCAUGUCAUUAAAGUGGAAUAUCUUGAAAAUGGCCCCUUAUUUUCUGAGCUGAAAUUUUACCAGAGGGCUGCAAAACAAGAGCACAUAAGAAAAUGGAUGAGUCUCAAAAAAAUAAGAUGCUUAGGAAUUCCAGUGUUUUGGGGAUCAGGCUUGGCUGAGUACAAAGGAAAAAGUUAUAGAUUCAUGGUCAUGGAGAGACUGGGGGAAGACCUGCAGAGAAUCUUUCAAGACUGUGGGAGCAGAUUUAAGAAGGAGACUGUUCUGCAACUUGGGGCACGAAUGCUGGAUACCUUGGAAUACAUCCAUGAAAACGAGUAUGUCCACGGAGACAUUAAAGCAGCAAAUCUGCUUUUGGGCUACACCAACCCCCACGAGGUUUAUCUUGCAGAUUAUGGACUUGCCUACAGAUAUUGUCCCAAUGGGAACCACAAACAGUAUCAGGAAAAUCCUAGGAAGGGCCAUAAUGGGACAAUAGAGUUUACCAGCAUAGAUGCCCACAAGGGAGUAGCCCCGUCCAGAAGAGGUGAUCUUGAAAUCCUUGGCUACUGCAUGCUGCAAUGGCUCUGUGGGAAGCUGCCCUGGGAGCACAACCUGAAGGACCCUGUGGCUGUCCAGGCUGCCAAAACCAAGCUGCUGGACGAGCUCCCCGAGUCAGUGACCAAGUGGGGUUCCUGUGGCAGAAGCUGCAGUGAAGUAGCCAAGUUUCUGGCCUGUGUUUGUGGCUUGGCUUACGACGAGAAGCCCAAGUAUCAGGUGCUGAAGAAAAUCCUGGUGGAUGGCCUGGAGCCCAGAGGGGUGCGCUACGAUGGCCCUCUGGAAUUUUCCACGGCAGCCUGCUCGGGGAAUCACUGCCCUGCUAAGGCUUCCAAAGUUCGCCCACCGAAGCCUCCACCAAAACCAGCUCAGCCCAAGGGAAAAAAGAUGGAAGGUGGAGAAAACCCCUGUCAGAACAAGGCCUGUGCUGGGGGAACAGCGACACAACUCGCAGGGGAAGAAAAGCCAAGUAAAUUGAACAGGAGGCCUCAGCCAGCAGAAGAGCCUCAGCAGGCUCCCUCAGCCAGGCCCUGCCCCAAAGCCGUGGAAGCCAAGGAGAGCAGGGGGCAGGAGGACAGCUCCAGCUGCCUCAGCAGGCCCCACGCCCGCCUCACGCGCCGCCAGGGCCAGGCGGAAGAGAAGCCCCCGAAAUGUUCCACCACGACCCAGGAGCACCCACUGAAGAGAGACACUGUAAGAGAUGUGCCACCGUUUGACCCCUACAGGAUAUUCUCAGACUCCAGAAAGAAAUACGAUCACCUGCUCAGUGCGGUUCACGCAGUGCCAUCCCAGGCUGGCCCUGAGAGCACUCGCCCUUCCAUGGCUCUUGUGUUUAGGUUGGCCUUUACUGACCAAACGUACCCCUACACUGCAGCUGUCCUGGUGCUCCUGCUGCUCAUUGUGCUGUCCUUGUAUCUGCUGUGAUGCUGCUGCUUUGGUGGCUCCAGUGUAAGUGCAGUGCUGUUCCCACCUCACGGUUUUUCCUCAGAGUUUCUUCGUUGAACAUUUCAGCGUCAGGGGCUUGAAAAAGAAGGUUUUAAAUAACGCUGUCAGUACAUACCUUGUGCAGGCACGUUCUCUUAAACCUCCCAGAUCUGCACUAGUAGUUAUGGAUGCACUGAACUUUUUGUGCUGCUUUCUGUUGCAAAUGUUGAGAUUCUUUUCAGUGUGCUUUUUUUUUAAACUGAACCUUUGUUACAGCAACAUUAAAAACAUCAUAAAGCACAA